AUGGUAUGGCUUCUGACCAUAAAUGGGGCGGACGCCCAGCCAAGACACAUGGUUUUUCGUGUCCCGAUAGACAGGCCAAGUGAAUGCCCGGGAAUCAAGGUUAGUCCUGUGAAUGAGGUUGCUACCCUCGUGUAUAUUCGCAAGAAUGUACCGAGUAUUCCGGUUCCACAGGUGUAUGCCUUUGAUGGCGGCGACACGCUGAUUGGGGUUCCGUUUUUCGCGAUGGUGUGA